UACAAUAAGAUUGCAUAGCGCAGGGCUUGACAUUUCUACUCGCCUGCUCGCGAGUGGAAAUUAUGGUGGGGGCGAGUGUGUCCCCCAAGGCCGUCUUGCUGAGCAGGCUCGGAACUCAGGGCCGGAUCUGUCAUUGGCACUGGGAGCCGUCAGACUACUCAAUAGCUGAGCGCAGUGAAAGCAAAGGAAGGCGUGUGUGCUGUGCUCUCUGCCUCCCCCUGGAGUGCAGUACCCGGAUCUGUGAGUGAACAACGAAGUACUGCAACUUUUUAUGGGAGGGGGUGUAUGUGUGUUUGUGUAUGCAUGUACAUGUGUGUAUCUGUAUGUACAUGUGUAUUUCUGUGUAUGUACAUGUAUCUGUGUGUAUGCGUGUCUGUACGUGCCUGUGUGUGUGUAUACAUGUGUCUGUACAUGUGUGUACAUGUGUCUCUGUGCCUGUGUGUACAUGUCUGUGUGUGUGUACAGGUGUCUCUGUCUGUGUGUUUGGACUUUGAGUGUAUGGCCA